AGAAGUACAGGAAGUCUCUUAUAUUCUGGAAGUGCUGGGGAUCUGCCGAGCAUUCAUUCAGUUGUACAGUAUGAGAGUGGAAACGGUCCUGAGCUGCCUGUUGUUAUGGGUGGUGGGUGAGGUUGGCGGGAGACCACCCUGUCGUUAUCCCCCGGCACAGUGGUGCAGCUCCUAUCAAAUCGCUAGCGCAUGUCAGGUGGUACACCAGUGUUUGGAGUCCAAGCUGCUGGAGCCUGCUGAACCUGUCCAGAUCAGCCUUUACUACGAGAGUCUCUGUGGAGCAUGUCGUGCCUUUCUUGUGUUCCAGCUUUUCCCCACCUGGCUGAUGCUGCACGAAAUGAUGAAUGUCACUCUCGUCCCAUAUGGAAACACUUUGGAGAAAAACGAAAGUGGGAAGUGGAUUUUCACUUGUCAACAUGGUCAGGAGGAAUGCAUGGGAAACAUGAUUGAGGCCUGCUUGAUGCACACUCUCCAGGACCUCGCACGAUACUUCCCCAUCAUUUUCUGCAUGGAAUCGGCAUCUGAUGUGCUUUCAGCUGCUCAGCUGUGUCUGAAAGUUUACGAGCCCAAUGUAACCUGGACUGAGAUUGAAAAAUGCGUAAAUGGCGACUUGGGAAAUAAGCUGAUGCACCAGAAUGCAGAACGAACUGCAGCACUAAGCCCACCCCACAAGUAUGUGCCCUGGAUCCUGGUCAAUGGGAAACACUCAGAUGAGUUAGAGACCCAGGCUGUAAAUUCUCUCUUUAACCUGGUGUGUAAUACUUACAAGGGGAAGAAACCAACAGCUUGUGAAUUAGCUGAAGGAAGGAGUAUAUUCCCACAAUGCAUGGCUCCACUAAAAUGAGUGGCACUGACUCAUUUUCAGCUAAAUCUGUGGGUAGAAAGGGGCACUUCAUGAAGAAGUGACUGAAAACUUCACGGAGACUGUCAGUACUAACAAAGCUGCAGCUGCUUACUGGGUCUGCUGUGCUACAGGUCAGCAGAGAUCUGAAGCUGAGCUCUACUAAUUAUUGUGAUUUUUUUUGUAUCCCAAACUGAAUCAGUGUAAAAAAAUCUUUGGUAAUGCUUUGGAAACCAAAGGAGAAAAAAGUGUGAUAGUUUCUUUGAGAACCAAAACACAAAUUCAUAUAAAGGAAGAUUAUCAAGGCUUUAAUGCAAACUCUCUCUUAUCAAACAGGAAACGUGUUCAGGGGAAUUCCUUGUUGAAUUGAAAAUAAAUGAAACUAUUUUAACAAA